UUUCAUUAUUAAGCAACAUCUUGUUUAUCGAUUUCAAAAAUCAUAAUAACUACUAAGUGCAUAUAUAUAUAUAUAUAUUUAUUUAUGAAAUUCGUAAGAAACUUACAUCUAUAUCUAAAUACCUGUUCAUAUAUAUAUAUAUAUACAUACACGCGCAAAGCGAGGUGAAUAUAUUACAGGUGUGAAAGGAGUUUCACUCGGAGUCUACGUGUGAAUGUAUAUUUAAUGGGAUAGAAAAAGAAAUAAGGAUUAGUUGUGGAGUAGGGGGAAAACAGAGAGAGAAAGAAAGAAAGAAAGAAGCAGUAAGUUUAUGGGGAAAAAAGAAGAGAGGUAAAAUAAUGGUUUGUUGAGCUCGAUAUUCCCUCACGAAAGACAGUCGCAAAAUCGCAUGCGCGCGGUAGCCACCACAACAUGCACCAAUUUUAAAAAAUUCAAUGGUAAGAAUAAUAUAGUGAAUAAUAAUAUUCAUAAAAAAAAAAAUUAAAAACAACAAGGACAAAAAGUUAAUAAGAAUUUUGCUGUAAAGAAUUGAAAUGCCGGUGGAAUCAUCGAUAUAUUGGAACUCGUUCGAUUCUCAAAAGAUUACUUCCGGUGGAAGUUCGAACAAUAAUAGUGAUCGUCAUUACGUUGAUCCAUGGGAUUUAGAAAAUUAUGCUUAUCUUAAAAGAUAUAGUAUUAAUGUUCCAACCCAACGUUAUCAACAGGAACGACGAACUUCUUAUCAAUCUGAAUAUUGGUAUAGCCAAUCAUUAAAAGAAGCACAGUAUAGUAUACCAAGUUUAACAGAGAAGUUCUACUGUGACCCGUCCUGCAGAAUGGAGAACAAUGCCUACCAUUAUCAUCGUCAUCCCAUCUAUGAAGAUGAAGUUACAAAUUGUGUUCCUUCCUAUUCCCUCUACACACCUAUUUCUGCUUUAGCAUCUUGCGAAAUGAUGGAAAAUUAUUCGAUAUCGGAUUAUGAUUACAGAUCAUUAGAUGAUAAUUCGUACAAAUCACGUACAAAUACAAAUUCGAGAUACACACAAAAUUAUUCUCGUCAGUAUAUGCCAAACGAUAGCGUACGACACCUUGAGAAAUUGCAGUAUAACGUUGAAGAAUAUUAUGCAGGAAUGUCUCCGGUGGAAGAUAAUUAUAUGACACAUAUGGUGACACCAUUAAAUCUUGAUUUGAAUACAUAUGGACAUCUUAAAAUUGAUUACACGGACAGUUGGAACUCCCUAAAAAGAAAAAUUAGCAAAUGAGUUAAUUAUAAUUAAUAUUUGAUGUAUUUAAUA